UCUCAAUUUAAAAGAACGGAGAAGCCGAUCGGAAGAGAUCGGAGAGACGAAGCAGGGAGAUGAGGCUGCUAACGCACAACAUGCUAUCGUCGAACAUCAAGGGGGUGACCAACGGCUUCCCUCUCCGUAUCGAGGCGGAGAAAGUGGUGGAGAAGCAGGUCGAGAUCAAUCACGAUUUCUUGAGGAACAUUUUCCCCAAGAUCGAGUGGAAAGCAUUCGUCGACGCCUCGCGGAUACUGGGCUACGCCGAGCUCCCUGAGGAAGCCCCAGAGCCGUCCGUCCUUGAAUCCGACCAUGAGUUUCUGGGAAAGUUUCAUCAUGCGCUCUUGGAGCUCCAUAUCGAGGAGGGAGCUCUGGUCUGCCCUGAGACCGGGAGGAAGUUUCCCAUAAAUAAGGGGAUUCCCAAUAUGCUUCUUCACGAGGAUGAGGUUUGAAGAACUGUGGCAGAUUGUAUGUUGGUCUGCGUUAUGGGUUUUAACUAGGGUUUUUGCUUUCUUUGUUUUGCCUUUUCUUUUCUUAUGGGCACCAAUCACCAGAUGGAUUGCUCUAUAAUUUGUUACAAACACAAUAAGGUUGAAUCUAUUAU